UAGCUCUAUGUAUGGAAUAUGCAGAGGAUACUCAAGAAGUGCGCUGAAACAGCUCACCACCACCUGCAGACACACCCACACCGCUGUAAACUCAACUCUCUCCUCAACUCCUGCUAAAACUUCAACUCCUGCUAAAACUUCAACACCUGCUAAAACUUCAACACCUGCUAAAACUUCAACUCCUGCUAAAACUUCAACUCCUGCUAAAACUUCACCUCCUAAACCAUUGAAGAAUGACUCGCCCCAUCUUUCAAACCCCAAACUUCAGAAUCUCGUCACAUCCAGUUUUCCGAGGUCACGCAUGUGUUUUGCUUACGGCUCUAAAGUCCUGCACCAGCUUGAAAACCUCCCGACUGCGGCGACUAUGACAGAUCUUAUAUUCGUAGCAGAGGAUCCUGCAGCAUGGCACAAGGAGAACUUUAGGAACAAUAAGCACCAUUACUCCUUACCUAUGCGGUUAAUAGGGCCUAGCGGGGUGGCUUUUGUACAAGAUAUACGUCCUUAUUGUUUCUUUAACCCGUAUGUAGAGAUUGAUGGGGUCCUUCUCAAGUAUGGGAUCAUCUCUGAAACUCAUCUCUUGAAGGAUUUGCAGACCUGGGACACCUUGUACGUUGCAGGGAGGCUCCACAAACCUGUGCUGGUUUUAUACCAACAUCCUCAAUUCAGAGGCUCCUACAUCACUCGCAACCUGAGAUCAGCCCUUCACACAGCUCUGAUGUUUCUACCGGAGGUGUUCAACGACAUCCAACUCUUCACCGUCAUCUGCAACAUCUCAUACUGCGGGGAUGUCAGGUCCAAACUAAAGCUGGAGAAUCUUAAUAAGGUUCGGAAUAUUGUGGAACCUAAUAUCGAGCACUUCAAAAACCUGUACGAAUCUGUGAUAAACGAUUCGCCGUUUGUUGAGAGAACUGAUUACGGAUACUGCCAGGCUCCUAGAACGGAUAAAAAUCUCCGAGCUUUAGAAAACCUUAUCCCCGCUAAACUGCUGCAUGUGCCGGAAGAUGGCUCGCAUCCAAAAACUCGUGUCUUUAAAUUUGAUGAUAGACUAGAAACGAAACACCAGCUCUUCAGAAAGUCGCUGCGGGAGACUAUCGCUAUCCCGAAGAACAACUGAAAAAGGUAAUGUUCAUACCCUCAAUUAACCAGACAAUCAAAGGAUUCUUCACUGCGGGGGCAUCCAAAUCAUUUAGAUACGGCCUCGCUAAAUGGAGAAAGUCCAAAUCAAAAUCAGUAGAAGUUUUUAAAAAGGACUCCCCUGACCUACCAGCUGUUGUGGUGGAAAGUAAGCUGAUGUCCCAUGAAUAUAAUAUUUACUGGCACAGUGUGAGCGCAAAGAAUCCUAGUUUCCGGAACAACGUGAUAAUAUCUGUGUUUUUAAUGGUGUCAGCAACUUUAUACGUCAUGUGGAGGGAGAGUGGUUAUCAAAAAUCUCAGGGGGACAUCAAUAGUUCAAUAACUGAUCUUUAGGGUUUAAUUUGUUGUGUGUAAAUUAUUAUGUACUUUUUUAUUUUGAUCUGUCAUAUGAGAACCAGUUUUAGCUUUUUUCGUGCAUCUAUCCCUGGAAAUCAAUUUUUUACACCAUACUUUUUGAAA